UUGAUCUAAAAUAAUGUAACGAAAUUAAUAUUUUUAUUUUUUUGAGAUAAUUUUAUAACCCAUUUCUAUUAUUUUAUAAACUUUACGCAUUUUUUAAAAUUGAAGUGAAAAACUUUAUGUGUAAGAUAUGCCUCCUAAGAAGAAAAGAAAUCAGAAACCGCAAAUCGGCGAACAUGUUAGAAUUGCUGUAGAUAUUAAAUUACAACAAUUCUUAAAUAACCAUGAACAAACUGAAUUAGAAUUUCCCAAUAGUUUGUCUUCAGUUGAAAGGGCUUAUAUUCACAUUUUAGUGAAAGAUCAUGGUCUUAAAUCAAAAUCUAAAGGAAAAGGGGAUCAACGGUUUUUAACAAUUUAUAAAAGAGAUCGUUCAACAAUUAUACAAUCAGAUUGUAGCUUCAAUUUGACCAAAGCCUCAUAUCAAGCAAUUGUCAAUUUGCUCACAACAUACCCUCUUUCACUUAAAGAAAAAACUGAUGUUAAAUCAGAAACCAACUCUCUAAGAUCCGGUAAUCCAAAAGUUCAACAUAAUAAAGACUUUUUAACCAAUCCUGGUCGACUAAAUAAUGGGUUUGCUUUAGUACCUACUUUGAGUUAUAAUCCAGAAUUAAAAUCUUUUCGUGAUUCUUUACCUAUAUCACAGUAUAAAAGUGAAAUAUUAGAUCUAAUAAAUGGCCAUCAAGUUAUUUUGGUUUCUGGAGAAACUGGUUCAGGCAAAACGACCCAAAUACCACAAUUUAUAUUGGACGAAGCAAGUACUAAAAAUCAGUGCUGUCGUAUUAUUUGCACACAGCCUAGAAGAAUAUCUGCAGUAUCGGUAUGUGAAAGAGUUGCUUAUGAAAGAGGCGUACAAGUUGGUCAAGAUGUUGGUUAUCAAAUCAGAUUGGAAUCACGAGUCAGUCCUCAAACAGGUUUAAUCUACUGCACUACAGGUGUACUAUUAAGGACAUUAAUGGGUUCAAACAAAAGUUUUUCUAACAUAACGCAUGUUAUAAUUGAUGAAAUACAUGAACGUGAUAAAUUUACUGAUUAUUUGCUAAUAGUGCUUCGAGAUAGCUUGCCUAAAAAUCCAUCACUGAAACUCAUUCUUAUGUCAGCUACAAUGGAUACAAAAGUGUUUACAAAGUAUUUUAAUAAUUGCCCUUUUAUUGAAAUUCCUGGGCGUUUAUUUCCAGUAAAGUCUUACUUUUUAGAAGACAUUCUUCAAAUAACCAAUUACUCGAAUAAAGAUAUGCAAAGAAUUAUGAGGUCACUUAGUAAUCAAAAUAAGAAGAAUGAUGAUUGGGCAUCACAAUUUAGGAACAUGCAUUUGAAUGAAAGUCAUGGCAGCGAAAGUGAACCAGAGCCUGAAAAUGAUUUAAAAGAUAUAAUGGACCAAUCCCUGGCAGAACUUUGGAUGAAUGGAUCCCCUCAUUACUAUGGACAAAUUCUACAUCUUAUCCUAAAUGAAAAUGUCUCUGUAAAUUAUCAACAUCGAUCUAUAGGUUGUACUAUAUUAAUGGUUUGUGCUGGAAGAGGAUUUGUUGAUCAAACAGAACACAUUUUGAGUUUAGGUGCUAAUACAAAAUUACGUUCAAACAAUAACUGGACUGCCUAUGAUUGGGCCCAGAACUUUGGUCAAAAAGAAUGUGCAGAUCUUAUUGUUGCAUAUAGCGGUAGUCUUAAAAUGUCAAAUGAAAUUGAUAAUAUUCAAAGAAACAUACAAAGUGAUGAAGUUAAGAAACUUCUUGAAGCUUAUUCAUACUCUUUUAAUUCUGAUGACGAAGUUGAUCAUGAUUUAAUAUUACAUGUAAUUAAAUUUUUACAUUCUAACCAAGACGAUGGUGGAAUUCUUGUUUUCCUGCCAGGAUAUGAAGACAUAGUUAAUUUACGAGAUUUAAUAAUUAGAGAUGAAAAAUUGCAAGAAAGGCCUUAUCAAUUAUUUAUUCUUCAUAGCAAUAUGCAAACUAUUGAUCACAAACAGGUGUUUAAGAAAUUAAUUGGAAUUAGGAAAAUAAUUCUGUCUACUAAUAUUGCACAAACUUCUGUUACCAUAGAUGAUGUAGUAUAUGUUGUUGAUUCCGGAAAAGUGAAAGAAAUUUCUUUUGAUGGGAUUAGUAAUACGACAUGCUUAAGAGCAAAUUGGGUAUCAAAGGCUUGUGCUAUGCAGAGGGCAGGAAGAGCGGGUCGGGUUCGUCCUGGUUUAUGCUUUCAUUUAUUCUCUAGUGCACGUUAUAAUGAAGUUAUGAAACCAUUUACUACGCCGGAUAUAUUGCGGACUCCUUUGCAGGAACUAUGCUUGCAAACAAAACUCUUAGCACCAGUGGAAAUGUCCAUUGCUGAUUUCUUACAAAAAGCAAUCGAUUCACCUCCAGCUAUGAUUACGAAACAAGCAGUGGCGCUGUUAAAAACUAUGGGUGCUUUAGACAAUUCUGAAGAGCUAACAGAAUUAGGAAUGCAUUUAGUGAAUACUCCUUUAGAACCGAGAUUAUCAAAAAUGAUUAUGUAUGGAGUUAUUUUCAAGUGUCUCGAUCCUAUAUUAACUAUUGCUUGCUGCUUAGCACACAAAGAACCAUUUGUAAUACCGACACAAACAUUUGAAAAACGAACCUUAGCAAAUGUUCGUAAAGAUUUUUCAGGGGGAACUUUCAGUGAUCAUAUGAUGUUAUUGCAAAUUUUUCAGGCAUGGCAAAAAUCAAGGCAAGGCAAAUAUGAACGUCAGUUCUCCACAAAAAAUUUUGUUAAUUCUGCAACAAUGGAACAAAUUCUCAACACUCGCACACAAUUAUUAGGACACCUGAGAGCUUCUGGGUUUGUCAAAGCAAAAGGGCAUUAUGAUAUAAAGUAUUUAAAUGUGAACUCUGAUAAUUGGCCUCUUAUUAAAGCAGCUAUGGUUGCUAGUUCAUAUCCUUCAAUGUGCAGAUUAGAUAGAGAAUAUAUGACACUGCGCACACAAAAUGAAACAAAGGUUGGCUUUCACCCUUCAAGCAGUUUAAAGACUGAAAUCAAUUUCAAACAUAAACCAUCAGCAGCCCAGGUUGAAUUUUUGAACAAAGUUCCUUCAGAAUGGAUGAUCUUUGAAGAAAAAUCCAGAGUUGGUCCUUGGUGUUUUAUUCGAAUUGUUACAUUUGUUUCACCUAUAACUGUGGCACUUUUUGGUGGGCCGAUCAGGAACACUUCAUCUAUGAUUACUAAAACUCCUGUGGUUGAACUUUCAAGUGAAUCAGACAGUGAGUCUGAACAUAAUUCAAAUAGAACUAAUAAUACAAAAACAUUUGCAGUGGAUGAUUGGGCUCGCUUUGAGUUUGAUGACAAAACUGCAGAUUGUAUUUAUGAUUUAAGAAGAAAAUGGAAUGCCUUAUUUUUAAGAAGGUUGAUCAACCCAUCGAAAGCUAUGUCAGCGGCUGAUGAAGCUGUGUUGAAUACUGUUAUUAAGGUAUUAACUGAAGAAGACUUAAAAGCAGGUUUUGUGCAACCGGUGGGUAUUGGACAAAGGCCUUUAUCUACAGAAGACAUGACUCCUGCGGUGUACCAAAAUUUCUCAAACAAGGAUACAUGUAGUGCUAAAAAUAACAUAUCAUGGAGAGACAGACAAUCUAAACCUAGCUUUAAUAGAAAUAAUGAUAGAAUUUGUAAUGUCAAGUAUUCUAAAUACUUUUUGUAUAAAAUGGAUCACGGCAAAGAUGGGACCACUAUGUAUAGAUACAAGCAAAUAUUUACUGUUAAUCAGAAAUUUGCAAUGUUGUUUCAUAGAAUCUUACAGAAUCAUGGUCGUGUAUAUAUCAUAUUUUUAUCUGCAAACAAAAUGAAUUUUGAUGGUGUAGCUGAAGUUAAAAGCAGCGUCUCGGGCAAUGAUAGAAAUGUUCAACUAAACUGGUUGAGUCGCUUACAUGUGCCAAUUGCAGGCAGCGGGUUUGGAACAACUGUGAAUGUUUCUGUUGUAAGUGACGGCAUUGAACUUGAAGAUGAAUUUGGAAAAACUUUGAUGGAUUAUUUAAUUAAUUACAAACCCUCUAUCAUAAUUCUGCUGAAAAAUAUUAUGUACAGAAGAAUUAAAAUUAUAAUACUCGGAUUUUUUCUGUUAUGUAAAGUAUUUAUUUAUAGUGUAUAA